GAAAGUCGUUAUCACACUGUAGGCUGCUUCAACCUUCCCUCCCUUCAGCUAAUGAAAACCAGGAAACCUAUCAAAAAUGGCUGUUCGAUUCAUCGGCCUCGUCCUGUUGUCUGUGCUGGAUUUCGUUGUUGCUCUAGAGCGGGGAGAGUACCUUGACAUGUCCUACGGCUACGAUGAAAACUCUCUCGCCUAUCCUGGGGCUGGAUUCUUCCAGCUAACCAUUGAAGAGCGCGGGCCUGCCUUGGGUUUACCAUGGUUGGAGUAUAACUCGAUGUGUUUACCAGAACACAUCGGCACCCACGUCGACGCCCCGUCUCACUUUGGUCAAGGCAAGAUGCGGAUCGACGACAUACCACUCAGUCGGUUGAUAUGCUCGGCCGUCCGAGUCGACAUCUCCGAAAAAGCGAAAGCUGACAGAGAUUAUGGAAUGACGGUUAAGGAUCUACAAGACUGGGAAGUCAUCCACGGCAAGAUUCCGGACGGCUCUCUUCUCUUCGUCUACACCGGUUGGGGAGCUUUCUACCCUGAUCGGCUGGCCUACUUGGGUACGAAGCGCAACGACACCCAUCUGGACGACCAAGGCAUGUCACUGGUCCAUUGUCCAGGUGUUGGACCCGAAGCCGCCGAAUGGUUGGUAGCUAAUCGGAAGAUUGUGGGUCUCGGAACUGAUUCAGCAAAUAUCGACCGUGGGCUAAACGUCAGUUUCCCUACCCAUCGCAUCUUAAUGGAAGCCAACAUCUACGGCAUCGAGAACGUGGCUAACUUGGAUCAACUUCCAGACACGGGAGCUAAGGUGUUCGUACUCCCGAUGAAAAUUGUAGAUGGGAGUGGUGCACCAGCACGUAUCGUGGCCAUGUUGAACGAGGAUAGUACCUCUGGGGCAGCGACGCUCUCCACUGCAUUUGUCACCUGUGUCUCUCUGCUUACUAUUAAUCUUCUUGUACUCACUCGUGUACAGAACCAGGGAUCAAACAAUAUGGCUGCUCGUCUACCUGUGCACAUUACCUAUCUGACCCUACUGGGGCUGGUGCUCUCAGCUGCCCUUGUCGGGGCACUUAAGCCAGGCGAGCUUCUAGACAUGACGUAUGUCUAUGACAACGAAACCACCCUUCGCUGGCCAGGGGCUCCACCCUUCGAGCAGACGAUUCUUUCGCGAGGUCCGACGCCCUCGAUGCCCUGGUUAGAAAUGAACAAAAUCAGCACUGCAGAGCAUUUUGGCACACAUCUGGAUGCCCCGGCUCACACGGCUAAGGGUAAAUGGCGCACCGACGAAAUCCCCGUCGAGAACCUCAUUGGUCCCGCUGUUCGAGUAGACGUGUCUAGCAAAGCGAAAGCAGAUGUUGACUACCGGCUGACACAGGCCGAUCUGACCGAGUGGGUGUCUGCCAACGGACCAAUCCCCGCCGGUGCUCUGCUCUUUGUCUAUACCGGCUUCGGAGACUAUUGGUCGGAUCGGCUGCAGUAUUUCGGCUACGCCGGCACCGAUGAUUACAUAGACGCAGACGGUAAGUCUCUGCUACAUUUUCCGGGCAUCUCCGUGGAGGCUGCGACUUGGCUGGUGGAGAACACCAAAGUCACUGGCGUGGGUAUCGACACAGCAUCCCUAGAUUUCGGACAGAGCUUGGCCUUCGAAGCUCACCAGGUUCUACUCACGAAGAACAUCUUCGGCUUGGAGAACGUGGCCAACUUGGAUCAGCUGCCAACCAAGGGCGCCACGGUGUACGCACUGCCCAUGAAAAUCUGGGACGGGAGCGGUGGUCCUGUGCGUAUUAUUGCCACUGGCGGAUCUAGUCUGUUGCAGGUCGACUUUGCCGCCCUCUUACUGAUUGGAAUUUCUAUGCUCUUGAAGACAGUUAUUUAGACCGUUAUUGAGGACGGCAAAAUUCAAACUUCAUUCAAAAAUUUCGAAUAUCACCUGCACACUGACGGCAUAGAAGGUGUGAUCUUCUUUUUAUUAAUUUUUCGCAGGACUAUUAUGUAUCUACUAGAAUACUUCACAUUAUAUAAUAGCAUAAACACUUUCACAUUGAUUGCCAGUCGGUAUUGCUGAAUUAUUUUGAUCAAUGAUGAGCUAAAAAAUAGGAGACUCUGAUAUUCCUUAGAAGUAGACGAGGCAAAGAAAUCGCUUACUUUGUUCCUCCAUGCUCCGGGCCGAAUCAGCGUGCUCCACAUUUUCUCCAAUAUCCUCUCAGUGCCGAGUGUGGUUUUUUUUUCUCACGAACUAUCCUGGUUGACACGUGCUCUACGCUUGCCGGCCUACAUGCGAGUGCGGGCGUGAACUAUAAAAACGACCGUAACCACAAAACCCCUCGAUCGUUGGAUUAUGCUAAAACUUUCCGGAUGCACUCAUAAAAUGCAAACCAAGUUCCAAAUAGAUCAGGCGUAGCACAGUGGAAACCUUAAGUGGGCGGAUUCUUCCUUCUUCCCCAACUGUGGCAUGUCUGGGGAGAGAUAGUUCACUUAGGGACGAGAGGUUCCAAAAUGAUGAAGAAGUUUACUAAUGAUCAAUGUCUGCAUUCUGUUUCGCAGUUGCUGUAGGUUUUAGUGCACUUCCAUGCUUUUUAUGCUCUUCUUUGCGAUGAGACUGGCUUACGGGCAAUGACUAACGCCAAGCGAAUUUGGUAUUACGAAAAGGUUUGCACGUUUGAGGUGAAAUAACUGCAGGGUUUUAUUUUUCAAUUUGCAGCGCGGAUAUUUUGAUCUGAUGUCAAAAACUGAUCUGAUGUUCGCUUUCGCGAACCAAAUCUCUCAUGGCUCUUUUUGUAUUUACCGUGAAACUUGUCACAAUUGUCGGCUCCCUCGCUGCAUGCAAUAGACCAACAAAGGCAACGUCCGAAGAGGCUCAGAAAGCUCGAAAAUACUGCUCGAAAUUUUAUUUUGUGUGGUUUUCUGCUUGCAGUUUGCAUUUUUUGCGAAAUAUGCAUGUCAAAGAGCCGUCUUGUUAUCUGCGAGGGCGUUUCAAGAACCACAUUUUUCCGGGGAGGCAAAUUUUGUUUUAAGGGCACCAAACAACUUGGCGAGUUCUUCAUUAACGUUGUAAGGCCUUUGUGGUGGGUAUAGGGUUCAGUGUGAGGGCUUUUACAUACCUUUGUGGUGAAGAUGAUAUAAUAACCAGUCUAUACUUCAUAUUUCAAACGAAAAAGAAAUGCCUCUUUGGGGUGGGGUAUCCCCUGUUGCCCGCGCCCACCUCACACGAUCCAUUAGUUAUUCUGAGUCGGGAAUUCUUCUGCAUGAUGGUGUGGACGUUUGGCUUUUUACAUUUGCAUUUCCUGACAAAUCUGCAUGCCCCUGAUAAGAAAAAAAUGCAACCAGCAAAGUCAAUAACAGCUUUCACUGUGCGUGUUAUUAUGGUAGUGCAAGUAGUUGGACACGUCUACAAGUUAGUAGUUCUUAGACACACUUGAAUUACGGUGAACGAGUGUGGCCGUCCCCCCUUUUGAAAUAACAGCCACAAGUUUCAUCCACAAAUGCAACUUUUUCGUCAGAAGCCUAGUAACGAAUCCAUAUUUUGCUCAUGAGUUGGUUUUAUCAUACAAUAGAAUUUCGAAAAGGAAGAAAAAUACUCGUAAAGUCAGUUUCGAUAUCGUAUAUAUUAUCCUGGCGUGAAAAAGGUCCAAACAACAAAUAUUUGGUUCUUUGCAUUUUCAAUUUGUCAUCCCAAGAGCUUUGAAUGAAGCCAUAGUUCAGCACUUAUAUUUUGCAGUGUUUUUUCAAUUGUAGACCGUAAACCUGUGGUCAAAUUACAUAAAAGUGAAUUUUAAACUGAACUUUAGUUUGAAGGAAAAGGGCCUCCACAAGAAUGCUUUAAUAAAAUCGCCCAUCUUUGCUGCUGA